AAAGCUACAGAAAACUCACAAGAAAAAAAUGUCUAACAAUCCGCCACCGUCGUCGCAGUUACCGCCGCCGCCGCCGCCGCCGGCAGGCUACCCAGGAGGACCUCUCUCUUACCCUAAUCCGGAAGCUGAAUACCAUGAAAUUGUUCAUAAUUCCCAACUUUUUUGGAACAAACUUCAGAAAUUCUCCGCAUCACUGCAAACCAAGUUCCAGAUCCCUCUUGUAGCAGGAACACCACUAGAUUUACACCGUCUUUUUGUGGAGGUUACAUCUCGAGGUGGAAUAGAAAAGGUUAUUAGAGAGAGAAAAUGGGUGGAGGUGAAAGGAAUAUUCAGAUUUCCAUCUUCUGUGACCAAUGCUUCAUUUGUCUUGCGGAAACACUAUCUAUCCAUGCUUUAUCAUUUUGAGCAGGUUUAUUACUUUAGGAAAGAAGAGCCUUCUGUUUCUGUGUCUGAUCCUACAAGUAGAAAUGUCAGUGGCUCUGCAACUGAACAUGCUAAUGAUGAUAGUGCUGCUACGGAUCAAAGUUCAGUGAGCUAUAAUCUGGAGGAUGGGAAUUCACUGGUAGGAACAAUUGAUGCGAAGUUUGAUUACGGUUAUGUAAUCUCUGUGAACCUGGGCUCGGAGAAUUUAAAUGGUGUACUGUAUCAUAUACCUGCAUUACCAAAUCAAUUCCAAAAGGUGAAUACUUUGGCUACGCCUUCCCAAAGGAUUAGGAAAAGACAGUUGGCUUUGAAGGACCCCUCUCGACCCAAGCCAAAUCGAAGUGGUUAUAAUUUUUUCUUUGCUGAGCAUUAUGCAACGUUGAAGCCUUCAUAUCAGGGGCAAGAGAGAGCUAUCAGCAAAAGGAUUGGAAUUCUUUGGAGUCGACUCACAGAGACCGAGAAACAGGUUUAUCAGGAAAAAGGUGCGAGAGAUAAGGAGAGGUACAGGGCUGAGAUGCUGGAAUACCAGACAUCCAAUGUACAACCGUCAUAAACUGAUAUUGUGGGACAUCUUUGUUUCCACAUCUUUCGUUUUUGUUUGGAAAUCAUCAAUGUUAUCAUAGACAGGAUUUAACUUUGAUGAAUUUGUGAAACUGUUGGGCUCGCUCGCCCUUUUAUUUUCUGGGAGUUAGAAAGAUGCUUUGGAACAAGAUUGGUAUCAAUGAUGUUCCAUCUCAGUUUCCUUAUGUCAAUAUAAUGUUUUUAGAUUAGA